AUGGCCCCCAAACGGAAAUCAAGCGCUCUCCACGAGAGCAGCGUCGAACAGCCCACACUGCGUCGCUCUUCCAGAGCCAGGGGAACAGCGAAUGCCGACAAGUCCUCGGCUACAUCGUCCGCUCAAGACGGCGACGAGUCGCCCAAAGUAGUGGCCAAAGAUGCCAAACGCCAGCGACCUAAAGGCCACGACAAGGCCAUUAGCGCUGAAAUCAAGAUCGACUCGGAAUCACCGGCUGCUACUAGGAAUACAUCAGGGUCAACCGAGUAUGUUGCAGGAGCGGGUGACGGCGACAGGCAGUAUUGGCUCAUGAAAGCCGAGCCAGAGCCCCGGUUUGAGCGCGGUGUCGAUGUGAGCUUCUCUAUUGAUGACCUGGCGGCAAAGUCGGAGCCAGAACCAUGGGAUGGUAUCCGCAACUAUGUUGCACGAAACAAUUUACGUGCGAUGAAGAAGGGAGACCUGGCCUUCUUUUAUCAUUCAAACUGCAAGGAGCCAGGAAUCGUAGGAACAAUGGAGGUUGUCCAAGAGCAUUCACCCGAUCUCUCCGCACAUGACUCUAAAGCGCCUUAUUAUGAUGCCUCUUCAAAGCCCGACAACCCCAAAUGGAGCGUUGUUCAUGUUGAGUUCCGCAGCAAGUUUUCUGUGCCCAUCACGCUUAAGGAACUGCGAGAAAUGGGUUCCGGGCCUGAAAAGCCACUGCAGAACAUGCAGAUGCUCAAGCAGUCCCGCCUGAGCUAUGCGCAACUCCAGAAUUCGUCAGGACCCCCCUUUGCCCAUGUCUUCACCACUUUACCUGGGGUAUGGAUUUUGCAGGUCGACUUUAGGCCUCGCGUGUACAUAAAUGUUUCACGUAUCAAACUGGAUCUAUACUUUGGGCGAAGUCACGAUGAAAAGGAGCAUAAGUUGCGUCCUUAUCAUCUGUCCGGAUAA